AUGGACCGGCAUUUGAUUGAUUUACGCGAAGAGCGACUUGAUUUGCUGCGCCACGUAUAUGAUGGCUUGCUUCAAGUGCACUUUCCAGUGCCGGGUGAAUUGGAUGAUUUUGAGACCAUGAUCUCCCAGCUGCAACAGCCUGUGGAUGGAUUGAACCCUGAGCUCCACGUGCUGGUGCUGAUGACUGGGGAUGAGCCCAUGGGCUGCGCCUGCUAUGAGUACUAUCCCAGAGGUAACCACUGCCUCAUCAGCUACAUUUGCGUGGCUGAAGCAUUUCGGCGCCAGGGCGUGUCAAAGGUCUUGAUGGAGCGGAUCCAGGCGCAGUUGGCGCAACGUGCGGAAAAGCCGCUGGCGGCCAUCUUUGCGGAGACGCACAGCGCGGAUGUCAUUGAUGGCAUCAUGGACCCCCUGGAGAGGCAAGAAGUCCUUGCUGCUUUGGGGUUCCGAUGCUUAGACUUUGACUAUACCCAACCGCCACUUAGUGAGCGCCACGAGCCUUGUGGAGGUUUGCGGCUGCUGGUGAAGGACCAAGAUGCGCUGCCCAGGGAAGCCGUUGUGGGUUACCUCGACGACUUUUCCGGCAGCGUCCUCGGCUGGGAAGAGGAGUCCUGGAAAGAAGAGCCUUGGUAUCAGCGGCAGCUGUCCUCGUUGCCACCCAUGGUCUUUGCGCGCAAGGAGACCGUUUGGCUCUCUGGCGGCUUUCCACGCCCUCCAUGGGUGGACCAAGCUAGCUCACCCGUCGCCCGUGAGUGUUUGGAGGAAAAGGGUGGCGACCUGUCUGGCCAGGAGUGGCAGAGCAGCUGUUCAGUACAGGUCUGCUGCCUUGGCUGCUUGUCUUUGGUGCCGGGCUUUUUGCGGCGAGUGGUGAAUGGGGUGGCCUUUUUUCCACCGCGGCCGCCGGGCUACCAUGUGACUGAGGAUAGACAGGUCUUCCUGGUGGAGAGUGAUUAUGGCCUCUCCCCCUUGCCGGAUCUGGCCCAAGAGGGCAUCGUUGUGGACACUGUGCGAAUGUGGACACGGAGAGGGAACGUGAUCCUCGGCUUUCACUUCAAGCGCGCAGACUCCAGUAGGACGAUUUUGUUCAGCCACGGCAAUAGUACCGACAUUGGCAUCAUGUUCUAUCAUCUCAGGGAGAUGUGUUCUCGCCUGCAGUGUGAUGUAUUUGCUUACGAGUAUAGCGGCUAUGGAGAAAGCACUGGGCAACCCACCGAGUUGGAUCUCUAUGCCGACAUCGAAGCAGCGUACCACUACCUCUCUAACGAUUGCAGCCUUGCAGACGAGCAGAUCGUGUGCUAUGGCCAGUCCAUCGGCAGCGUGCCAUCCGUUGAGCUUGCCUCGCGGGUCACCUUGGGUGGCCUGAUCUUGCAUAGUGCCAUGAAGAGUGGCCUCAGCGUCAUCCACAACGUGAAGACCACCUACUGGUUUGACGUCUUCCAGAACGCCGCGCGGAUGAAGAAAGUCACGUCUCCGACGUUCGUCAUCCACGGGACUCAAGACGGAGAGAUACCUUUUGAACAUGGCUCGGCCUUGUGGGAUGCCUUACCGAAAGAGUUGGCCUACGAGCCGUGGUGGGUCAUGGAGGCUGGGCACAACGACAUCGAGAUGAAUCACAGGCAAGAGUACUUCGAGCAGUUGCAAGCCUUUUUUGAAGCACUUGGAUCGCCCAGAAGGGAAAGCCUGGCUGAAGCAGUCGCAGUAUUCCGAAGAUGCAGGCUCGGAGACGGGAUGGCAGCCCUUACUGGGCAAUGGUGCCAGGCGAAUGGGCCUUGGAGGCCGAAAAUGGAGCUGGAGCCGACCAAAGAGUGGAGUCGGACCGCCAGACCAUCGACACAUCCUGACACGAAGCGGAGACGAUUUGUUGUCCAUGCUUUGGUAGCAAUCGUGCAUAGCAGUGCUUCAGAGCCUGAGCCUUCGUUAGUCUUCGUCUUUGUAGCCCGCACAUGGCCGAAGCGGCCAGAAAGUGAUCGGGCGAAGGCAUUGCGAUCAAUCGCUGAGGUCUUGACAUCAAAUUACAUCAAACUACUAAUUCGAGUUGUUUCACUCCAAAUCCGUCACAUCAGGACGGAUUUGCACACUAGAGCAAUCUAG